UAUCAGAGCCUCCUAAAUCUCACGGACACCCGGAAGUGGUCGAAAUUUAAACCGCCAUCACAGCAACAAUAAGAGGGCAUUUUCUCACAGCGACGUGAUUCUUUGAUCAACAAUAUGCGAGCAUCCGGGUAACAGCGCUCUAAAGGCUUAUUUGAGAAGCAGUCAAAUUGGGUACAGUAUGGAAGAAGAAAUAAUCAGUGAUGUGACGGAAAAAGGAGAUGCUGGGAGCAAUGAGGAAGAGUCUGGAUUGAAGGAGGCUGACGUCGAGGGGCUUAAAGUGGAGGAGGCCGAAGCAGGGGAUCCUGAGGCUAAAGAGGCUGAGACUGAGGAGCCUAAACCUGAGGAGGCCGACGCGGAGGAGCCUGAAGCAGGGGAUCCUGAUACUAAAGAGGCUGAGACUGAGGAGCCUGAAGUGGAAGAGGCCGGAGAAGAAUUGUCAAACACGCGCCCUGCUAAAAGAGGGAAGGGGAAGUCACAGGGGUCAAAGAAGCUGAAGGUUAGUGUUACAGAUGUUAACCUAACAAACCUGGUGUCAGGCAUUUCCAACGGUGGGUCCCCACAGCCAAAGAGGGGUAGAGGACGCCCAAGAAUCUCAGACACCAAACAAACAGAGCUGCAAGAAUCAGAAGCUGACCAGACUGAUGAUCCUGUUACAACUCCUAAGAGUCCAGAGAAAGGGUCCACAAAUACGACGAGUAAUGGGGACAGUGCUGUUGCAGACAGUUCCCCUAAGAAAAGAGGCAGGCCAAAAAAGGCCGUUAGCACUGAGACCACUGCUGGUGAAGUCUUACCCAAUGGUGGCUCUAAUGUGCCAAAAAAAGGAAGGGGUCGUCCUAAAGGAACCUUUAAACGCAAAUCAGAAAGUUUAAUGGAAUAUGAAAAGAAUGAAGGGAGUUCUGAAGAACCCAGAAAAAGGGGACGACCAAAAGGCUCUACUAGCAAGAAGCCCAGACUGGAGGAAGAGGCUGAAGGAGGUGAGGAGGAGGGGAAUGACAGCGAUUGUUCAACAAAGGGAUUGUCUAAUGGCAGCUUAAACACACCUACCAGAGGGAGGGGAAGGCCAAGAAAAAUAGUUCCGGAGAGUGUCGAUCAACCGGUGAAGAGGGGAAGGGGUCGACCUCUAGGCACUUUAAACAAGAAAAAGCAUGGCAAGGUGGGCCGGCCUCCAAAACUUCAACUCCUUACUCCUUCACGCAAACCUAAACGGGGUAGACCUAGAAACGGACCAGUGAAAAGAGGACGGCCCAGGAAGUACCCUACACCGUCACCCGAAGAGCUGAAAAAGCCAAAAGUGUGGAAGGCGCUGGGAAGGCCGAGAAAAUACCCACGUGAAGAUCCUCCUGAAGAGUCGCCGCUUAAAAUGAGCCCUAAAAAAAGCCGUGGUCGGCCUCGCAAGUCAGAGUCAAAGAAAGGUGCCCAUUUUCGCAUAAAAUCUCCUGCAACUGCAUCAACGGCCCGCACCCCCAAAGACGAGACUCCAAGAAAAAGGGGCCGCCCACCGAGCAGUGCAAAGAGUGAAGCGGGGACCCCAAAGAAAAGGGGCCGGCCUAAAGCGGUGCUUGACAGCGAACUCCCAAACUUAUCAAUAGAAACUGAUUCAACUGCUGUUGAGGAAAAGGAGAUGAAUGAAAACCUGGGGCUGUCGGCCAUCGGGGACUCAGAAAGUGAAGUUGUAACCCAGAAGAAAAGGGGACGCCCUAAAGGUGCAAUCAAGACAAAUAAAAUCAUAAAUGACACAGCGCUGGACAGCGAACUCCCAAAGUUAUCGAUGGAAACGACUGAUUCAACUGCUGUUGAGGAAAAGGAGACGUCGGCCAUCGGGGACUCGAGCAACACAGAAAGUGAAGUUGUAACCCUGAAGAAAAGGGGACGCCCUAAAGGUCCAGCCAAAAAAAAAAUAUUCAGGGGUAAAACAAAGCUUGACAACGAACCCCCGAUCGUUUCAGUAGAUGCAACUGAUUCAGCUGCUGUCGAGGAACAGGAGGUGGAGUCGUCCACAGAGGGCAACAUUGACCCUCCUACCACGCCACCAACGCCCGGAAAACCCAAUGACGAAACGCCAAGAAAAAGGGGCCGCCCCCCGAGCAGUGUAAAAAGGCAACUCACCGCCGGGAAGAAAAGGGGCCGUCCGAAAAUCGCAAGUGAAAUGCAGCUCGACCCCCAUUCAGCAGGCGACGCAUCUGCUGCUGGAGAAAACGAGGACGGUGCUGAAGAAAUGCUCGUUGACCAGAACACAGGUUUUGAAGUUAGUAACCAGUCCUCAUGACCUCCUUUUCCGACCAAAACAGCUGGUGUAGUAGUUGCUGUCUAAAACACAAUCCUGUCAGUGAGAAUUCAUUCUUAACUUUUGUCGGUCGGGUAGGCUAGAUAUCCUGUAGCUCUCCUGUUUUCCUGACUAACUUGUUCAUGUUGUUUUAUUGUUCUAGAUAUUGUUUAAGUUCUUAAACUACGUCAUCUGAGUAAGCAGUAAUACUUAUACUCUUUUACUAGAACUAGCUUGUAUGGUUUAUUAUAAUAGGCUGAUUGUUCCAAUUUUUAUUUGGCUUUCAGGUGUAGUGUUUGUCCGUUGAACUGUAAACGUGAAAUGUGAGCUGGAGAAUGACUCGGAGAGGGAGGAAAAAAUCACAGCAGUGAAACUAUAGAAAGUCCUGACAUCACUUCUGACUAGUGUCUGUCCCACCAGCCUCGGACACUUAAAUUUAUCAUUUCGCAUUUCCUAAGUCUAAUUUUCUGAAGACCAACUUGGUUCCCUGACACUACUUGCAUAUUGUAGGAUUAACUGGUAUAUGCUGGAUGUGGAGCUUCAUUGAAUCUGUUUGCUCAUAGUUUAGCUGUUUUGCUUUCCCCCUUGCAUCAAAUCUGCAAACAGAACCUUGAAGUGAUUCAAACUGCUUCAUUCAAAUGUACAAUUAGCAGAAAAAUACUUAAAAUAUUAUUUCCCCCUAAGCCAAUCAUGAAGAAACUACAGGACACACAUCCUGUGGUGUGCUGAGAUGAGAUGGUGUUGUCAGUUCAUAUUUCAAUAAUUUAAAAAAUGAAUUAGUGUCAAAAGCUAAUCAAGUUAAAUAUAAAAAAAAAAAAAAGGCUUCACAGCUACACAAACAUUAAACGAAAAGAGGCAAAUGACAUCUCUCAAAAACAACUUGGGACUGUGUUCAGAUAAAAGUCAAGUGAUUGAAUUCACAUCAUAAACAUUCAUCUACAUGUUUAAAAAAUGGGACUUGUACAUCUUCAUUUACUGAUAUGAACUCUUUUUUUGGUUUCUGAAUGCCAAAUUGUUCUAUUGUGUCAAGUCAUAUAAAUGAAUGUGAAAAGGUAAGUAAUGCUUUUGAAAAUUUCUGGCUUUUUAAGGUCUUCUUGUUUUAUGUGGAAAUGAGGAUUUUGUGUGUUUUGAACAAGAAGUCCAUUUGUGAAAUAAUACUCUUGAAUUAAAAUGUCAAUCUUUA